GCCGCUGGGACAACUAAUGCAGAGAAGUAUGAAGCAAAAGCUGUCUGGCGUGAAAUAUUAAACCCUUCUCCUCCGGUGCGGCGGAUGCUAAUCACCGGUUGUGGAAUCCAGUGUUUCCAACAGAUUACAGGCAUCGAUGCAACUGUUUAUUAUAGCCCCACAAUCUUCAAAGAAGCUGGAAUUAAAGGCAAUACUCAGCUUCUUGCAGCAACCGUUGCUGUUGGGUUGAGCAAAACUUUGUUCAUCUUGGUAGCCAUAUUUCUCAUUGACAAGGUGGGGAGAAAGCCUUUACUUUACAUAAGCACAAUCGGCAUGACUACUUGCUUAUUGGGUCUCAGCCUUACUCUAGCUUUCAUGGGGAAUGAAAAGAUCGGGAUUGGAAUGGCGAUUUUAGCAGUUUGUGGGAAUGUAGCCUUCUUCUCAGUAGGACUCGGCCCGAUUUGUUGGGUAUUGUCAUCCGAAAUCUUCCCUCUGAGGCUUAGAGCUCAAGCAUCAGCACUUGGGGCAGUAGGCAGUAGGGUUAGUAGUGGCGUGGUUGCUAUGUCCUUCCUCUCGGUGUCUCGUGCAAUCACAGUAGCGGGAACCUUCUUUAUUUUUUCUGUAAUUUCAGUUUUCGCCAUUGCUUUUGUCCAUACAUGCGUUCCAGAAACAAAAGGGAAGUCUUUAGAGGAAAUUGAAUUGCUCUUUCAAAACGAGGGAGUAUGGAAAGGAGGCGAGGUUGAAAUGGGAGAUGCAGAGCGUCUAGUGCAGAGAGAACAAGUGGGUGGCAAUGGCAUGUCUGAUUGCUAAGCCACAAACUUCGAACAAGAAGCUUCAAAUUCUAAGACUCCUUCAGGUAGUGGGAGGCGAUUACAGAGGAUUCUUCUAAAAUGCCAAGAUGGAUUCUUCUAGAACUCCAUGAUGCCAUGGAUCAUAAGAUCUACACACCAAUUUGCAUGGACUUAAUUAUUUGGAGCUAAUUAAGCUCCUCUAUGAUUCUUUUGUCUUACAGUCUUCGUGAUUCUUUGUCUUACAGUCUUAUGGAGAUCGGGUUCAGAUUGCAUUGAUUCGAUCGAACAAGUAAACAACCUUUAUCUAGACUAGACUUACAAGCAUAUUCUUGUACAUGUCCUCCAUUAUUGUUCUGUUUCAAAUUCUUUUUGCUCUUUUGGGCAACAGAGUUGCUCUGUAUUCUUGGACUUAAUUUUUGCCCGCUUUCUUCUGUAUACGAA